GCAAGGAGUAAGCUGGAGGAGUAAGUUGGAGGUGAGAGUGGAUGGAGCUAGAAAAAUUUGGGAUACUCUCAAUACCUUGCUCCCAUGAUGAUCGACGCAACCGGCCCUUCCUAGGUGAAGAUGUUACGGGAUCAAUCGAUGCAAACAUACUCCCAUCACCCAUCGUAUCAGUAAUGGGGACACCUCUGCUGUAUGAUACUGCAUUAUCGUGAUGGUAUCGACACUCUUGGGAAAAGAGCCUCCCGGAUAUUCGCGACGAACUCGGUGUUAGAUCCCCUGUGUCUCCAGACCGGACGGGGUUUCCACCAUACUUGCCUUGACCACUCGCAACUUAGUCAUUAUUCGGCGUUCCGUGGAAAACGGGCAGUUCUACAGAAUCAGAAGCUUUUGGGAUAAACAAUGGAAUAUCAUUGUUGGAGCCUUGGGAGUGGACCAUCGACUCUGAGCACUCUAACUAGCGUACCUGGGUGAUAUUUCUGGGCGGAAUGAUUGUCUGCCUCCUCGUCAUCCGGCAUAUCGAUAGACGCUUAUGAUUACCCGACGGCCCGGGAAAUAUCCCCGUCAUCGCUUCCCUAGCUCUUUGAAAAUUAUUAUGCAUUCCUUCGUAGGUGAAUUCCGCGGGUUGCCUUGAGGAUUGACUACUCCGUCACAGGGUUAGCAUGCCAUGGAUGACCUUCGCCGGCCCAUUGAAAACCUCACCUUUCACCGGGUGCUUCGUUGAAAGGCACUGGGAUUUUUCGAUGAGCGUCCUUGCCAUGCCUUCUUCCAGUUUCAAGGGCUUCAGCUGUUCUUCGCCACCGUGGCUACCAAUGACCUAGCCGCCGUGCUGGGAAAUUUCGAACGUAUGGUUGCUCUUCAAUGAAAGUUCUGGGAAAUUGGUUUAAUUCACCAUCACCUUUCCCUUGAAAUCUUUCCGAAUUGGUCUUUGAUGCUGACGCUGUAGUUUGCAUUGGCUUUUGUGGUUGUAACGGCGUCGGCAUGAUUACACUUGUUGCGUUGGAAGCCGUUCCUGCAUUUGUGUCUCUUGCACACUGUUGCUGUACCGAUUGCGGUGACUGUGCCUGACGAUGUUUCGAUGUUGUUGAUGUCACUAUGUGUGUUGACGACUGGUUGCUAUCUUCGCUUGACGCUAGGGAAGACGCGCUGGUAUCAUCCCAUACCUUUUGUUGGGUGGAACUAUGGGGACGAGUCAAAAACCAGCGCCUCAAUUCCGCACAGACAUUUAUUCCGGUUAUUCAAAAGAUAUCCUCUGGAGAGGUAGCAGUAGAAUUCGCAACUAACGGUAGAUAGGAUGCCAGCAGUUUUAUCGGAGGAUGGGAUGCGCAUCCUACGAGAUCUGGAAAGAUACUCGCUGGCGACGCUCUCUCUCUCGUUGGUAUCCUGCGUCUUUGUUAUUGCAGGAACAUUUACAGUGAUUCGGAUAUGGCCUCUUAUUCUAAA